AUGGUGCCGCAGGGAGGCGGCGGCGGCGGCGGCGGCGGGGGAGGUGCCAGGCGCCCGCGCCCGCUCGCGCUGCGGUGCUCGCCGUCGCGGAGCCUGCGCCUGUGGCUGCUGCUGCUGCUGCUGCUGGCGGCGCUCGGGCACGCCUGGACCUACCGCGAGGAGCCCGAGGACAGCGACAGAGAGCUCUGUUCCGAGAACAAAGUCGCCACGACGAAGUACCCGUGCCUGAAGCCCGGCGGGGAGCUCACCACCUGCUUCAGGAAAAAGUGCUGUAAGGGUUAUAAGUUUGUUCUCGGACAAUGCAUCCCUGAAGAUUACGAUGUCUGCGCAGAUGCGCCUUGUGAACAGCAGUGCACAGACAAUUUUGGACGAGUGUUGUGUACGUGUUAUCCUGGUUACCGGUAUGACCGUGACAGACACAGGAACAGAGAAAAACCAUAUUGCUUAGAUAUCGACGAGUGCACCACGAGCAGCGAGCCCCUUUGCCCCCACGUCUGUGUCAACACCCUCGGGAGCUACCGAUGCGAGUGUCAUGAGGGCUACAUACGUGAAGACGAUGGGAAGACGUGCACCAAGGGAGACAAAGGUACCGUCCCUCAGUGAGGCUGGCCUGGCAUGACCGGCUGGUUUUCUGAGAAGACUGAAAAUGUGGUGAAACCAGGAGCUUGCUGCGCCUCCUGCAAAGAGUUCUAUCAGAUCAAACAGACAGUGUUGCAACUCAAACAAAAGGUGGCUUUGUUACCAAAUAAUGCUGCUGACCUUAGCAAGCCAAUCACGGGAGAAAAGGUACUCGCAUCCAAUGCCUAUAUACCUGGGCCCCCUGGACAACCAGGUGAUCGGGGUCCUCCAGGUGCCACUGGCCCGAAAGGGAGUCCUGGAUUUCCUGGAUCUCCUGGUCCUCCAGGUUUGCCAGGCCCGAGAGGAGCAAUGGGGCCUAUGGGACCCUCUCCAGACUUGUCCCAUAUUAAGCAGGGCAGGAGAGGUCCUGUGGGUCCUCCAGGGGCACCGGGAAGGGAUGGAGUAAAGGGUGAGAGAGGUGCUCCGGGAGAAAAAGGACCACCUGGCCCACCAGGUUCUUUUGACUUCCUGUUGUUGAUGAUGGCAGACAUCAGGAAUGAUAUUGCGGAGCUGCAAGAGAGGGUGUUUGGGCACAGGACUCACUCAUCUGCAGAAGAGUUUCCGUUACCUCAGGAAUUCGCAAACUAUCAGGAUCUGGGGUCUGGAGAAGACUACAAACAGCGGACUUUUUCAACAGACUCCAGCUCACGCAGAGAAGGCAAUCAUUAGAAAAAAUGGUAGGAUAGUGAUCCAUGAGUCACUUAAGCCAGCAUACUUGCAUAUACUCCAGCUUACCCUUGUGGAAACAGAUUGGAAAUAGGAUACCACCAAGCACAUUUCAGUGCAAUGGCUGCAUUCCCUUCCUCAGACAUUAUGAGCAAGACCAAGUGAAGAGCUAAAGAAGAUGAGCAGCAGCUGCUGGAAUGUACCAGUUCUGACUGCCAGGCAGGGGGAUUGCAUAUUCAGAUACUUCGCCAUAUAAAAGCAAACUUCCUUGCAUGUAGAAAGAAAGAUUCUGUG